AUGACUCCAUUGCAACUUCAAUCUACUCCUUCACCUCUAUCCAGCCGGCUCCGCUCUUACCCCAGUAUCUCUCCUCUUUUACUAGUACUGGCGCGCUUUCUCCACGACGCGACUCUCAUCACCACCCUCGUGACCCUCAAAACCUACACCGUGGAGAUCAACCUCAAAGUCACGGUCUUAUCAAAGAACACGCGCCAUCUUCGCUCAUCUACCAAAGUAGGCUCCAAAGUCACCUUCACCGUGGUCUCCAAAGUCGCCUCCAAACGCGAUCAUGGAAAAGCCAUUCGAAGAGUAAGCGGCUCAUCUAAGAAGUCUCAACAGAACCACACCCGACUAACGAAAGUGAUCAGUGUUUUCUUGAAAGAUGAAUACAGCGAUAUGAAGAUCGUCUGCGGGGAUAAGACUUUCCCGGCUCACAAGCUAGUCGUUUGUAGACGUUCAACCUGGUUCAAAGUGGCGUGUGGCAGUGGGUUCAAGGAGUCUUCUGGGGAGAUCAACCUAACCGACAAAGAUCCAAUUUUGGUCCAGAAAAUCCUGGAAUACUUGUACAAUUCCGACUACAGCCUCAAGAAGGUUGCCAUGGACCUAUGUACCCCCGUGAAUGAGAACUCGCCAAGCGUCAAUCAGUUUGGGCUCCGAAAGCGAAAGCUUAGCACCACUGCCAGCACAAAGACUACCGCCUCUCCAAAGGAGCCACCACGAAAGCGAACUAGAUCAACUUUGGAGCUUCCAGGUGAUAGCAUCAAAGUGAAUCUGACUCAUGAACGCCAGCCAAGUGAGACACGGACCCCCCAGACCUCAGAUAGCUCACUGAGCCAGAUUAUUGAGAAACCCGCCGAAGAUUGGCCCCCAUUGAACACCUGCCCACCGAGCUACUUCCAUGCGCGAAUAUUUGCUGAAGCAGACUUUUUUCUACUCGACGAUUUGAAAGAGCAGGCAAAGGACAAGUUUGAUGAAUCUCUUAGAGCCUGCACUGUCGUUUGGAAACUGGAACUUCUCAUUCUUGAGUUGUGGUCAGCAAGAGCAGAUUACAAGGAGCUCCGAUCAAUUAUUUUGUGUCGGAUUGGUUUUUCCGGUACUAAUUUGAACAAGUUGUUUCUUCAACUGGAUCGCUCAUUCAUUGAAAGUGUCCCUGGGUUCGCGACUGAUUUCUGCUGGGAACGUAUGAAGGACGAGCGCGAGAAACGGGAUGGGGAUAAUAAACAAACGCCAGAAAGGCGCAGAUAUAUGAUCUGA